GUGGAAUUCAGUCCAACGGAGGGAGGGAGGGAGUCAUCAGUGGGUGGCAGCAAGAUCACGGGUAGGUGAGACUGAGAGGGGAAUUCAUUUUUGGUUUAGGAAAGAAUUCAUUGUUUCUCCUCUGCUUUGCCAGUGCCCGUCUCGUCUCGUCUCAUGCUUGUUUCUCUUCCCGUCCGCGGUUACCUUCCCCGCUGCAUCCCCGCCUUCAAUGCCACCACCGCUCUACUGCUGGAUCUGAUCUGAUCUGAGUGAGCCACCGCGUCCGCAUCCACUCUCCCAUCUGUUCCAGCUGUUUCUAGAGGAGGCGAUUUCUCCUUGGGUCUUCCUUCUUCUUCCUCCUCCUCCGGAAUUCGGUGCGAAUCCAGGCAGGUUCGGGUUUCUUCUUGCCAUUUCCUCCGUUUCUUGAGGCCGCCGCCGCCGGCAGUAGGAGGAGGAGGGGAAAGAAUUCUGCCUGCUUCCUGCGCGAAUCACUCCGCGGAAUCCGCUGCCGGAUUUCCUUUCCUUUCUCCCCGCCGGAUUCGGUGCAUGGAACAACCACCUUCCGUGUCCAACACCAACAAGGCACUCCCGCUGCUGCCGCUGUGCUAGGCCAGGCUCCAAUCAUGGCCUCCUCGCCCUCCCCCUCGCCGGGGGCCACCAAGGCCUCCCCGGCCGCCUCCGUCGCGCCCGCCACCUCCUCCCCCGCCUCCCCGGCCCCGGUCAAGCUGCCCAAUGAAACCCCGGCCGACCCGCCCGCGGCCCCUCCCGCGCCCUCCGCGGCCGUGCCGCCGCAGACGCCAGAAUCCCCACCGCCCCUUCUCCGUCGCCUCCCCCGGACCCCACCGCGUCGCCGCCGCCGGUCCCCGUCGCAUCUCCGCCGCCAGCCGCAUUGCCGCCACCCUCGCCGCCCACUGCGGUGCCGCCGCCGCCCGCGCCUGCCGCUGACCCGCCCAAGCAGUCGCCUUUGCGGCCCCCUGCGCCGGCCGCGUCACCCCCGCCGCCAAAGACCACUUCUCCACCACCAAGCCCGCCGGAUCGCUCGACCGCGCCGCCCGUGGCGCGGUCACCACCGCCGCGGCACCCGGGGUCGCCGCCUCCUCCAACCGAGCCGCAGGCGCCGCCGCCCUCCGUCAGUCCCAUCAUCAAACCUCCCACCAGCCCCUCCCCAACCUCUCCCACCGUCCCUGCUACUCCCACCGCCCCCUCACCGCCGUCGACGCCAGGUUUUGGUCCUCCAUCUGUGCCUAGCGCCCCAACAACAACCCCGCCAACACCAAUCGGUCCGAACAUGCCACAGGACCCCUCAUGGCAGGACAGCGGCCCCUCGCCGAGCAGCCGUGGGUUGAAUGAUGGCGCAAAGGCGGGGAUCGGCGUCGUCGUGGUGAUCCUCGUGCUUAGUUUGCUCGGCGCCGGGUGUUGGUACAAGAAGAAACGGAGGAGAAUGACCGGUUACCAUGCCGGGUUUGUGAUGCCUUCACCCUCACCAUCUGCUUCUCCACAAGUGCUACUAGGAGGACAUUCAGAGAAAACCAAAGCCAACUACAGCGCCGGGAGCCCCGAGUUCAAAGACACAAUGUCAGAGUACAGCAUGGGCAACUGUCGCUUCUUCACCUACGAGGAGAUGCACAACAUCACAAACGGUUUCUCUGAUCAAAACCUGCUGGGGGAAGGCGGCUUUGGGUCUGUUUACAAGGGUUGCUUGCCUGAAGGAAGAGAGGUUGCCAUUAAGAAACUGAAAGACGGCAGCGGGCAGGGGGAGCGCGAGUUCCAGGCCGAGGUGGAGAUCAUCAGCCGCGUGCAUCACCGCCACCUGGUUUCUCUUGUUGGGUAUUGCAUCUCGGGCGACCAGCGCUUGCUUGUCUACGAUUUUGUGCCCAACGACACGUUGCACUAUCAUCUACAUGGACGUGGCGUGCCGGUUCUGGAAUGGCCAGCCAGGGUUAAAAUUUCUGCUGGAUCGGCUAAAGGAAUAGCAUAUCUUCAUGAAGAUUGUCAUCCCCGAAUUAUCCACCGAGACAUAAAAUCCUCUAAUAUUCUGCUGGAUAACAACUUCGAGGCACAGGUUGCUGAUUUUGGUCUUGCAAGACUAGCCAUGGAUUUUGCCACGCAUGUAACUACACGGGUGAUGGGAACUUUUGGGUACAUGGCUCCAGAGUAUGCAUCCAGUGGCAAGCUGACUGAGAAAUCUGAUGUCUUCUCUUUUGGCGUUGUCCUCUUAGAGCUCAUUACUGGUAGAAAGCCUGUCGAUGCAUCAAAUCCAUUGGGCGAUGAGAGCCUUGUCGAGUGGGCCAGGCCACUGCUCACGCAAGCGCUCGAGACUGGCAACGCAGGGGAGCUGUUGGACCCCAGGCUGGACAACAACUUCAACGAGGUCGAGCUGUUCCAUAUGAUCGAGGCGGCGGCGGCCUGCAUCCGACACUCGGCACCCCGGAGACCCCGGAUGAGCCAGGUGGUGCGGGCUCUCGACAGCCUGGCGGACGGUGACCUGACCAACGGGGUGCAGCCGGGGAUGAGCGAGAUGUUCAACGCGCCCAACACGGCGGAGAUCAGGCUGUUCCAGCGGAUGGCGUUCGGCAGCCAGGACUUCACGACCGACUUCACCCAGUCUUCUAGCUGGAACAGCAGCCGCCAGGGCGGUGGAGACGUCGACGCCUCUGGCGGGCCGAGGCAGUCACAGCCAUAGUGGUGUAAUUAGCUAGGGCGGGGGUACUAUUGCUCCUUGGUUCAUUUGAUGCAAAUUCUUUGGGUGGAUCGUCCGUCUUGGUUCUUUUUUCCGGGUUGUCGUCUCGGCUCGGCUGACUGACUGACUGGCUGACUGAAGAAUGUGGGUAUAUUGCGUGUCGGGGUCUGUGGAUUCGACAGACUGAAACUUACUGACCUGUUGGAGGGGAAUUCGUCGCCGGGUUCGCUGGCCUGGCUAGCGUA